CUGAACCAAUAGUCUCUAAUUAUCUGUUCUCAUCACUCAAUCAAACCAUUAUUUGUGUGCUGAAGACAUACUGUCAUAUAAGAGAAGACAACUCAACCGACACCAGAGUAGAGCUACUUUCAAUUAUUAAUUCAUUGAAAUGAGUGAAAAAGAAAUACAUUUCAUUGAUCCGCUUAUUUCCUCACAAUUUGUGGUCAAUGCAGCCAAACAUGUUUCCAUCAAAGACCAGGGCAUCCAACGAUUGGCUCAAAUGCUAAAGUCUGAAAUCGAGACUAAAAGGUACAGUACAUCAGUUUGGAAGGAACACCCCCUACACCCCAAAGUUGCCGACCAGACAACAAUCGAUUGGAUAUUUGUUGUCGAUUCUCUGAAUUUCUCAUUUUGGGCCAAUACUGACCAGGACUAUACUAUUGAAGGCCAUACGGGCUAUUGGGCUCUCUGUGCCGCUAUUAAUAGAGCCAUAAAGAAAGGAAUUCCUAUAACUGAUCCUCAAUUCUAUUCCCAAGUCAGUGAACCGGAGUUCAGAGAAAUAUUCUCAACCGAUAAUGGAAUAGAAAUUCCUUUACUUUUGAAGCGAUUAGAAGUGUUAAGAGAAUCGGGAAGAGUUCUCAUUGAGAAAUUUGGCUCAAGUUUCCUCAACUGUAUUCAAGAAAGCGAUUCUAAAGCAACAAAUCUAUUGAAACUAAUUGUAAAUAAUUUCAGUUCAUUUCGAGACCAAACCAUAUAUAGAGGACAAAGAGUCUCGUUUUACAAAAGAGCGCAGAUCUUGAUCGCAGACAUUUGGGCCGCUUUUGAAGGCAAUGGAUUCGCAGACUUUCAAGAUAUCGACGAACUGACAAUGUUUGCCGAUUACCGAGUGCCUCAAGUGCUGGUAUACUUCGAUGCCAUUGAAUACUCGCAACAACUCAAUGAUAUUCUUAAAGACGAAAACCAUUUGUUUAAAAGUGGAGACGAAUACGAAGUGGAAAUAAGAGCCGCCUCUAUAGUGGCCGUCCAUCGGAUCACACAACUCAUCAAAACUAUGAACAACUCUUCAAUUAAUUCAGUUAUCAUUGAUUUUUAUUUAUGGGAUUAUAGGCGAGAAAAUAGUCAACCGAUUGAUGAGAAAACCCCUUUUCAUAGGGUUCGCGACAUUUUCUAUUAG